AUGUCCCUGAACCGAAUUGCUGUCUAUGGCCAUCGUGGCUGGGCAACAGCCCGAAUUGUUGCCGCCCUAAUUGACUCCGGGGCCGCCAUCACCGUUCUGCAUCGUGCAGAGUCAGAUACUUCCAAUAUUCCUGCAGGUGUUCCUAAGAUUGAGGUUGAUGUCUUUGACGAAGAUGCUUUAGUGAAAGCACUCCAGUCUAUUGACAUAGUAUUGUCACUGGUGGGAGACAGGGAUGUAGAUAAGGAGCACGGCUUCGUCAAAGCCAUACCAAGGACCAAUGUAAAGCUCUUCGUGCCCUCUGAUCUAGGUCUUCAAUAUGGCGAAGAAGGAAACCUUAUUCCUAUCAUUAAGCAAAAGGACGAUCUGCAGCGAGCAGUUCGAGAUGCUGGCAUUCCCAUGACCAGAAUCUUGAUUGGAAAUUUUGCGGAGUUCACUCUCGGUUGCUGUGCAAUGGGGGUUGACCUUGGUCGAAAUAGAAUUGUGCACACAAUUAACUCAGCCCAGGAAAAGGCAAACAUGACUACGAGAGAUUAUGUAGGGGCUGGAUAUGCAUCAAUCUUUACGUCAAACGACAUAUCCCAAAUCCAGAACCGCACUAUCACCUUAUCUGAGCUCGCUCCUACAGGGGAUGAAAUUGCCGCCGCUAUGACACAAAAGAAUGGCGCCGAACCGGAAGUGUUUACCCACAGUCGAGAGAAGGUGCAGAAGGCUUUUGAGGAUGGCAUUCGGGCUGGAGAAUUGGUGGCCCCUGCCUGGUUUUACCGCAAAAUUUGGGGAACGGGAGAACUGAUGAAAAUGCUAUCCUCAGAUGUCUGGGACGUCCCAGGUUAUCAGAAAGCGACUUUACAUCAUCUCAUUGUUGAGGAGAAAAUUGAGGCAUACAGGGAUUUGCCCCUUUCUAUUGCAAAGUACUUGGAGGACGAUAUGUUUUGA